GGGAGGGGACGGGUGGGGAGAAAAGUUAACUGGAGAAAUUUGGGCUAGGAGAAAUGCGAUGAUCUUGCACCAAGUGGAUGUGCCAUGUCUGCAUGCAAAUAGCGCGUCUGGAGAAUCUCGGAGGGAUGUCUUGCAAGUGAUCUGCGUGAUCUCCGUAGAAACGCUCACCUCUGCCUGCAAACUUUCCCUUGCUACAAGUUGGGAGGAAUAGAAAAGCACCAGAAAGUCAAAAGGGGAAGACCUCAGAGGACAAAAACGCUUGAGCUAAACUGUUGCGUCCCGAGCCGGGGCUGUGGUGCGAGCAUCCCGCCGGUGUCUCCUGGGCUCCCGAGCCGAUUGGCGGUGGGUGGCGUUGGCCGAGCUGCCCGGCAGCGUCCCCGGCCUUGGGGACGGGCCGAGCAGCAUGCUGGCUGCGGCGACCACAGCCGGCCAGCGACCCCCGCGUGCCUGACCCGCCCGAGGUGCCGGGGCGGUGGCGGCCAUGGCUGCAGCCAUCGCCAGCUCCCUGAUCCGCCAGAAGAGACAAGCCAGGGAGCGGGAGAAGUCCAAUGCCUGUAAGUGUGUCAACAGCCCCAGCAAGAGCAAGGGAAGCUGCGACAAGAACAAAUUGAAUGUGUUUUCCAGGGUCAAACUCUUUGGCUCCAAGAAAAGGCGAAGAAGGCGACCAGAGCCUCAGCUUAAAGGUAUAGUAACAAAGCUAUACAGCAGGCAAGGAUACCACUUGCAGUUGCAAGCAGAUGGAACAAUUGAUGGAACAAAAGAGGAAGACAGUAGUUAUACUUUGUUUAACCUCAUACCUGUGGGUUUACGAGUGGUGGCGAUUCAGGGGGUUCAAACAAAACUAUAUCUGGCAAUGAACAGUGAAGGAUACCUAUAUACAUCAGAACACUUUACACCUGAAUGCAAGUUCAAAGAAUCAGUAUUUGAAAACUACUAUGUGACAUACUCUUCAAUGAUCUACAGACAGCAACAGUCUGGCCGGGGUUGGUAUUUGGGUCUUAACAAAGAAGGAGAAAUAAUGAAAGGAAACCACGUGAAGAAAAAUAAACCUGCAGCACACUUUCUUCCAAAACCCUUAAAAGUGGCCAUGUACAAAGAGCCUUCUCUCCACGAUCUCACAGAGUUCUCCAGAUCUGGAAGUGGGACCCCAACAAAGAGCAGAAGCGUUUCAGGAGUGCUAAAUGGGGGUAAAUCCAUGAGCCAAAACGAGUCAACGUAGCCAGGUUCAGGCAAGCCAAGUGCUCUCUAAACAGAACCUUACCUCUGGAUGCAGUUGAAUUCUUACUCGCAGUCUUUCAUCCAAACGUUCAAUUGCCCAGGACAAGCCACCGAACUCGCAUAGGUCACUCGUUUAUCAGCCAUUAGAUCUCCUGGUUGUCAAAGGAUACACCCCAGUAAUGUAGAAUAUGCUUGUGCAUAUCACAAGGCAGUUGGAUAGCCAGACAACACAACUGCGGAAAAAAUCUCAGAGAAGAAAUGUCCAGCUCUUUCUCUCUCUCACUUUUUCUUUCUCUCUUUCUCUCUCUCUCCUAUGCUUUGUGGAAAACGAAACAAAAACAUUUCACAGCAUUCAGUGCUGAUAAGAAUUUGCUUUCCAACUCAGAAAAAGACCACUUUUGCUCUUCAAAGGAAAUUUUAAUGCUUGUAUGUUUUAUAGGGGCAAACAAAAAACAAAUAUGUAAACUCUGUUGUUUCCUUGGCUUACCGUUUUAUAUCUAAGGCUUGAUAAAAAAAUGUAUCCUUUAAUUUGGAGUAGUGCAACUUUUUGAUUUCUGAACUCCAAUGGGUCUUUAAAGCUAUGUCUUUAAAAAAAUAAUUAAAAAUUCAGGGUUGGAACUGAGAGUUGGUGUCUCAGGCUCAAGCAAACAGUGUUCUUGUGGUUUUAAACACAAUGAAAUAUAAAUUUUUAUAGAUUUGUAGUUUCUGGUAAAGUUCUUGUGCUAACCCCAGUCUGUAGGAAUUGAGUUGUUUUGUUAUCCCAAGUGGAAGUUAACAGAAAGGGAUAAAAUUAUCCUCCAGUGUAGAUUUCUCUUAAUUCCAUUUUGUGUGUCAUGUUAAACUAUCGUUGUGGCUUCUUUUCUAAAGACAGAAACUGUGGAAUUAAGGUGACUUAAUUUUUUUAUAAGAAACGUCUUAUUUGUAAAAGUCCUUUCACUGUAACGGGCACGUGAAUAUUGUGUAGGAGGAAGCGUUAGGACAGGUUACCCCUAAACAACAUAUACUUAUACAUGCUAUUGGAAACAAUUGUUUAAAAAAUGUAGUUAGGUUUCCAUUUAGGUCAUCAUGUCUGUUGCAUGGGAGAAAGUUGGAAUAUUGGCAUAGAGUUGCAUGAUGUGUAAGAUUUUGUGCAUUAAUCAUUGUUGGAUUCUGUGCUCCAAAACUGAAUUAGUUCUGUACAGGCAGCUUUCUGCCUGGUACAAAAAAGUUGUUUAUUAUUUGUUGUAUACACAACCAUGCACUGAAUAAACUAUUUAUAUUAAGAUGUACUUUUUAAAAAAGCUUGUUUGAUUAUAUGCUGUACAUCCAUGAUUAAUUUUAAGGGAAAAGGGUUGGCAAUUAAAUUACAAAGUUACAAAAGAUACUGUAAUGAAUGUUCAAAGUCUUUCUGUGUGACGGUCAUUCCCCUGUAACGCCAUACACUGCAGGAAUUCGAACAUGUUCUUUGCUUUUGGGUACUGUUGGAGCUGGUCCUGCGUGCCCAGCCGAGAUGCUCAAAACACAGCAAUGCUCAAGUGUCACCAAGCCUUGGUAAUGACCCCCCUGUGCUGCUGGAGCCCCCUGAACUGCACUUGUCUGCUCUGAGCCUCUGCCCUGCUCCGUGUGUGCCCUCCCUGCCAGACUGCCCCGUGCAGCCCCUCCAACCCUGGCACGGGGCUCCAGCAGCUCCAGGCAGCUCCAGCACUGCUCGUGGGCAUCACUGCAGGGGCGUUUAGCAGCCAGCUUUAUCUGGCCUUGAGGAAAAAGGCUCCCAUGCCUUUGCUCUGGAGGGAAAGCAUCCCUCUCUCCUGCCUUUUCUCUCUGAAAACAUCCAGGAAAACUUUUCUCAUGUGCAACAUCCAGGCAGCUCUGACAGGUGUGCUUCACUUAUCAAGGUGUUCCAAGAAGCCCUAGCCAGGGACAGGUUUUCAUCAUGGGUGGCUGAAGAACCAGUUCUGGAAGACAAUAAUGGAAAUGGAGGCAAAAAUCUACCCCUAAUGUUAGAUUGAAAUCAAAAUGAGAUACUCUGUUGUCUGCUCUGUGUUCCUCCAACUAGAACAAGCUGGAAUUAAACCAGUUUUAAGGUCAGGGCUGAGAGAGGAGGAGAUUGUUUCAGAUCAAACCUCCUGAUUUGUUGUUUCAUGACAAAUAGUAAAUGAAGAGCUCUGGCCUGCUCUUAGAGGGCCCAGGCUUCCACAGGUUGCCUCUUUCCACAGGGUGAAGAAAGUGGGAGCAUAUCCAGUGCCACAGAAAUCCUUAAAAAUUAAACAUGUGGUCAUGAUUGCUCCAGAGGUUUUGAUAACUCAGUGGGCCUGGAUCAUCUCUUCCCUUCAACUAAAUGUGGGAUGUCCUUGGGGAACAUUUUCUGAACCCUCCCAUCCCCAAACAUCAAACUCAUUCAGGUACAUGUUCCAAAAAAGGAGUCUUGAGUGCCUUAGGAACAUAAAGCCUGAUUUGAAAAUAGGCAUAUUUGUAGCAAAGCUAGUUCAGUGCUGAGUGUUUACUGCCCUAGAGGUAACUGGAGCUCUGCUGCUUUGCUUUAUAGCUGCAUAUUCCUGUUACUCUCCAUCCUCAGUACUCCAGCCCUGAAGAUCAUCUGCAGCAGAAGGAAAAUUCUUGUCUCACAGAUCAUCCCUUCUGAGCUCUGUAGUCUGACCCAUCUUUUGUGUUUAUGUUGGUGUCAGCUGUGAGCAUUCACUGCCAAAUCUCUUGUUCCAAAGCUUUCUGAUAUACCAGGCUAACAAAGGCCACUCUUGGCUGGAGAUGAGGAGAGAGAUGUGGUGAUAGAUGAGUCAUAAACAGAUGUUUCUGACAAUUACAUUAAAUUUCUGACAAACCGGCUCCAACAAUAUUUUUCCUUCAGAUUACUGAGGACUGAAAAGGUAAUAAUCCUGAUAAAGUGCUGAUAGUAGACAAAAGAUUAUGUACUCUAUGAGCAAAGUGGGGAGGGUUACAUGUAGUCUCUGGAGCCAUAAUUAGGAUUUAAUAAGGAAAGUUAAGAGUUAAAUGUGACUUAACAGACAGUGAGUGAAGGUAAUAUUCUGCUCCAGACAGCAAAGUUAAGACAAGAAUGUUGCUUCAUCAGAGCACCAGACGGAGGAGUCAGACUCCAGAAUAUUUAUUUGUCUUUCAGCACCCAUCAAUUAGAAAGUUACAUGCACUACUUUCUGCCUGGCUGUGAGCCACUGACCAUCUGCAGAACAGGGUCUGGGGCCCUUCUGGCAUUGCCAAGGGGGUGGUGAUGCCUUUCCCGUGCCCGUUCUGCUGUGCUGCCCCUCCAGCAGUGCUGCCCACAGCCCGGGGGCUGGAGCUGCUCGGGAGCUGCGAACCCCUCACCUGGCAGAGCCCCGAGCCACGCGGGGGCUGUGCAGACUAAUGCCACCUGCCAGCCCCAGGGGAAACAGGUCAGCCCUGAAGCUGGCAGGAAUGGUGCUGGGAGUACAGCUCGGGCGAGGCACAGCUGCUGCCUUCUUGUGUUCCCCUGGGAGAGCUGAGCUGCUUCCUCGAGGGUCUGUGCAGGGGGCUCGGACACUGCUGCUUGGCCUGGUUUGGGGGUGAGGGAGAGUGGGAAGAGUUCUUCUCUGUAUCACAGAGAUCUUUGGUUUUUCUUUUCCUUUUUUGUUUUAAUUUACCUCAUGCUACCUCAUAGCAUGGUUGUAUCUCCGUAGCCACUUGCUCAGCCAUGUUCAUCAAUGGAAGACAAUUCCCUCUUUGGGGAAAACAUGCCCAGGCCAGCCCAGGGAAGAGCAGUGCCCCUCCUGCAGCACCGCCCACUGUCCCCAGCGCUGUGUUCCCGUGAGAUAAAGGCGGUGUGACGAGCUCAGGGAUGCUGUGGCACCCAGGCCUCUCCCCAGUUGAGCACCAGUGUGGAGCCAGGUCUGGCAGAGCUCUGCUGUGUCUUGAGUAUUUCUGCUGGAGGCCAGGGCCAGCUCUAAUGGGUUUAAAUGUCUCCCUGACAUAUCCUUGACCAGGACACUUUUGCAGGACAGAAUCUGUACGUAACAACCUCCUAUCUUCUAAUAAAUAAUUCUCUCUUAAACAAA